UAGCCUUCAAAUGCGCUGCUGAACGGAUCGUCGUCGAAGUACUGCUAUUUUACAAUACAUAUUACGUUCCCUAUUUGUUCACCAGAAACCUGAAUUUGAGUCCUCAUCUAUUUAACGGCUCGCAAGUGAGAAGAUCGAGUUUAGCUCACUUUCAGUCAUCACGAUGAUGUUCCUGGAUUUUACAAAUAUUUUGAUCAUCUUGAUUAUCAUUCUACCUUUUCUUUACGAAUAUAGUCCUCGUUUUCGUUUGUAUCUAAAGUUUUUUGUUUAUUAUAUGACUGUAAUGACAGCUUCCGUUCUUUGCAUUCCAUUUAUUAUUUGGAGGCCUGGAAACGUACGCAACACUCUUCUCGCUACCAUUCCUCUUCGGGUACUCAACCCUCUGCUGGGGCUGCAUUGGGAGGUGAGGGGAGUCGAGCACAUAACCCCCGACCGAGCAGCCAUUGUGGUGGCCAACCAUCAAAGCUCCUUGGAUUUUCUAGGAAUGGUGUACAUGUGGCCACUGUUCCAGAAAAUGUCAGCUAUUGCUAAGAAAGAGAUCCUAUAUGCCAUUCCUUUUGGUCCCACUGCCUGGCUGUGUGGCACUCGCUUUAUUGACCGCAGCAAUCCUGCCAGAGCCAAGCAGUCCAUGAAUGAUGCUAUGGAGUAUGUUACAGAGCACAAGGUUAAGCUAUGGAUUUUUCCUGAGGGGACACGCAACACUGAAGAUGAAUUUUUGCCAUUUAAGAAAGGCGCCUUCCAUCUCGCUUUGUCUGGCAAUCUUCCAAUCCUGCCUAUUGUUUACUCCUCCUAUAAAGGCUUUCUCUCCCACAAGGCUGGUGUCUUCAACCCUGGCAACGUGAUCGUAACGUGUCUGCCUGCAAUUCCAACGGAAGGCCUGACUAUGGACGACAUGCCUCGUCUCAUGGACGAUGUGCGACAGCAAAUGAUGGCCGUCUUCACUGAAACCUCCAGCCAGGUGCAGCAGCCAUAUCCUAUGGAAAUCCCGGUUGCUGUGAGGAAAGAAAGUUAAAUGCCCUUCAAGCCAUCGCUAGCGUGACAGCCUCUACAGCAUCUUUAUGUACUUCUUGAAGCCAGGCUCACAAUUGGGCAAAAAAUUUGUUACGGAGCAAUUUAAAAUUAUUACCAGGUCAACAAAACUGGUCUUUCUUUAUGAAACAAAUUCGUCCUCAACCAAUGAACAUAAUUUAUAAGAGCAUCUUUCAAUGUCCGAAUUUCUGAACUUGUCUUUUCAUGACGUCAUGUACAUAAAUGCAUGCCUAAUAUUAGCUUGGCGUCUCGAGGCUUCAAUUAUUAUGAUAUUAGAACUUCCAUUUUUCACAUUAGAAUGAGAUAUAAAGUAAGGUGAAUCAUAUUUCUUACUUGCGGCCACAAAACGCACUCGAAAAUAUUAUGAAGCGUUUUUAAAAAUAAUAGGAACUUAUUAAUAGUAGAUCUACUUUUUUCGUGGUGUUAUUGAUGUUCUCAUAUUAUUGAGGCCUUUCUUGUUUCAUUUUUGUUGGGAUGCUACUAUUUUUCUUAGAAUUAGCCUGAAAAGGAAUAGUAACGUGGGAAACCAGGAGCAAGUGUACAUAGUCUCAGCGUUCAAAGAAAGUGUUAGCUUUUCCUAUUGCCGUCUUAUUCUAAAGGCUAAUGUCUUGAACCGUUGUAGCGUUCAUGAUCUGCUUCGUGCUCACACUUCUGCUAGACGUGAUGAAAUUACGCUGUGUGUUCCGAUGACAUUAAUCACUUUGUUACUUAAUAUGGUAUUAAAUUUUUGUUGUGAACAGAAUGCAGUUUCUAAUGUUGAUAACAUUUCUAUGGUAGUGGCGCCUGAUGACACAGUUGAACCGCUCUUCAACCUUGAAUUCAAUCAUGUUCUUUGCACUUCUCUCUUCAACAGUAUUGUAUCAAUGCAAUAGUCGAUUCUCGCGAAUUUUAAAUGUUCGGUAUAGUACUAGUUGCUGCCCCUGCCAUAGAAACUGAUGCCCCAAGCUCUCUUUCGGGCAUCAGUUUCUGCGACUUUGUUGAGAUGCAUCCAUGUUGAACUUCAUUUGUCCGCGAUGAUGGCUGGAUUCAAGAUACUUUAUUAAUUUGUCAUUCGAAUGGAAAUUUUUGCCAAAGUGAAAAAAAACAUAAUCGUGAUCAUGUAAUUUUAGAGCAGAUAUAUUGUGAUAUGUUUUCGGUUACUCUAAAAAUAUGAGACAGUUGGUGCGUCAGAAAAUCUAUUUUUUUUUCUCGAAACUUCAUUUAAAAUUGCUGAAACAAUUUUAAAGCAGCUAUGAUAUUCUUAUCGUAUGAUAUUCUGAAAUUUCCAUGACUUGAGGCAAAAAGCAAAAAUUUGUCUUCAAAUUUGUGACUGGUGAUAAUAUUAGUGAUAUUUUUGAAGUUUCCUGAAAAUUUGUGAAAAUUUAUACUAUAAAUCUAUAUUGAUUGCGGGUAUUGCCCAUAGCACAGUCAUGACAAGCAUCAUAAGCACUGCUUAUUACAUCUCAGAUAAUUUAGUCCCCGUGUUAGAGUUAGCUCUAGUUCGUCUUGUUUUCCUUGAUUAUUUCCAUGAUACAUAAUAUGAUUCAUUCUGUAAAACCUUUUUCAAUGCCGAAGAAAAAUUUUUCUUUGAAUUAGAAUUAUAAAUAAUAUUUUGGGAAGCAGGUUUACAUGUCUGAACAAAAUUAAUCACGCAAAAGUUUGAUUGCAAUUUGAACUACCGACAAGCUCAUCCGUGCAUUGUAUGACCUCAUCCGUGCAUUGUAUGACCUCAUCCGUAAAAAAACAUCAAAUUACUUCUAAAUUUUCAUGUACCAGUUUCGAAGCAUGGAGUUGUAAAUGUAUAUAGUACAUUUAUCUGCAGUUUAUUACCUCAACUAUAUCUGAUAUUCAUGUAAACUAGACAAAUAUUAUACAUCUUGUAGCCUGGUAGCUUAUUUAUACUCAAGUUCUUCCUGUGUGGGAGCACAAAAUUAUGUUCUUGCAAUUCGCAAUCAACUUGGUUGCACCUUA